AGGAGCUCUGUUAUAGUGUGUUUGGUUAUCCCAGUAAACACAGGGCGCUCUCUGCUUAGUGAGAUAUAAUAUCCUUAUUUAAGCAUGCAAAACGACAGCGAAGAAGUUGCAAUGAAAGAAGCAAGAAGACGUGAACGUCAAGCAGGUCCAAGCAUACAUGAUACUGAAGGGUUGGAGAAUUCAGACACCGGUAUUGGGUUUUGUGGCUGGCUGUUGGUCGGGCUUUCUCUUAUCUUCACUCUGCUCACGUUGCCCUUCUCCAUUUGGAUGUGCAUUAAGAUUGUGAAGGAGUAUGAGAGAGCCAUUAUAUUUCGCCUGGGGCGCAUUUUGCGAGGAGGAGCCAAAGGUCCAGGGCUGUUCUUCAUCGUGCCGUGCACUGACAGCUUUAUUAACGUGGACAUGCGCACCAUCACCUUCGACAUCCCACCGCAAGAGGUUUUGACCAAAGACUCUGUGACAGUGAGUGUUGAUGGUGUGGUGUACUACCGGGUCCAGAAUGCUACCCUGGCUGUGGCUAACAUCACUAAUGCAGAUGCUGCUACCCGGCUGUUGGCCCAGACUACCCUGAGGAACGUCCUGGGUACAAAGAACCUGGCAGAGAUCCUGUCUGACCGGGAGGAAAUUGCACACAGCAUGCAGUCCACUCUUGAUGAUGCUACCGAUGACUGGGGGAUCAAGGUGGAGCGAGUGGAGAUCAAAGACGUCAAGCUGCCCCUUCAGCUUCAGAGAGCCAUGGCUGCUGAGGCGGAGGCAAGCCGCGAGGCCAGAGCCAAGGUGAUAGCGGCCGAGGGGGAGAUGAACGCCUCACGGGCGCUGAAGGAGGCCUCUCUGGUGAUCGCAGAGUCGCCCUCAGGCCUGCAGCUGCGUUACCUUCAGACCCUCAACACCAUUGCAGCCGAGAAGAACUCCACCAUCAUCUUCCCGCUGCCGCUGGAGAUGAUGCAGGCCUUCGUCAAACACUGAGGGAAGUCUCAAAAAAAUGCACUCUCGCUCUCAGAAUAUGUAUUACUCAAACACACACACACAUAUUUAGAUUCUGUCUGCUGAGCAACAUAAAAUAUGUUAUUGCAUUUUAACACACCUUAAAGACUAAAGCAGUCAGCCCACGUCUACCCAAGUUUUGAGGGAUCUAAAGUCUACUUUGAUUAUAAGCUAAGAAAGAAAACUGCAACCCAAACUGACUUAGUUACUUCAUUACAAAAUUGUAAUUUUGUUUUGCUUUUAGAUAAACAAGAUGGCUUGAGGCAAAAAGCAGAGUAUGAAAUGUUUAAUUAACAACAUUGUUGCUUUGCUCAGAUCGCCCUGACGGAUGUUUUUAAAGUAUUGUAUGAGAUUUGAACAAAAAUGGUCACAUUGCAGCAGAAGCUUAAGCCUUCAUCCUGCAGUUUUAUGUAUUUUUCUUUGUAUGCUUCUAAUGUGUCAAAAUCAGAGAAACAGCCCCAAAUCCAAAGUUGUACAUGUAAUGAAAGCAAAGUGCCUGCUGCAUAAGAGGCCUUACAACCGGACACACAAAUACACACAUAACUACAUACAUUUGUGCUUCUUUUUUCUCCUUCUGCAACUACUGCCAGCUCAUCAUUAUCAUCAUAUGCUGCAAACCUUUAAUCCCUAAGACCCCUACAUAUUUUAUAUAGUAGUAGGAAACUACUGUCAAAAGUAAACUCAUUGUUUUCUUAGAGGUGCCAUUACAUGCUUUACCUUGAUUGGUGUAAAACUCCAACACAGUGAACUGACAAUGCAACCUCCAGGACAGGAGGUACAGUUUAUGUUUCUGUACUUCAGCCGCUCCCCUAACCUUCUUCACUUUAGGGAAGAGAGAGACAGAAACACUGGUAUGCUGGUUUAAAGAUUAACUUUGCCUUUUGAAACAUUAAGUAUUUAAAAUAUGGUGCAUUACCAGACUGAAGGAGAAAACACGCUCAACUUCUUUUCAACGUAGAACAACUGGCAGCUGAAUCCUGGAAAAUGUUCAAAAAAGAAAAAACGAUUAGGACAUCACUCCAAAAUUGUAUUUUAAUUGCCACGUGAACGUUGCUUCUUCAGCUUGUAGCAGGCAAUUUUUUUUUUACCUGACUGAACAGGUAAACAUUUUUAGUGUCGUGAGAUAAAUUGAUGCAAAAGAUUGAAGGAUGAAAUCUCGGUGGAUUGUGUAGAGUUUACUUCAUCACAAUAACCAGCAUCAGAGUGGCAUACAGAAACACACAGACACACACACACACACACACACACACACACACACAUAACACAGACACACACACACAGAC